ACUGCUCCACCCUGUGUGAGCGCUGAAGGCGGGCGGAGCUCUUUGGAUACUCGCAGCAGUGGGUUCAGGACAGUAGACUUCCUCCUUCAGUCGGUGAGGUGGAGGAGAUAGUCAGCUUCAGUACGGGUUCUGGGAUAAUAAAAGCAGCCAUGGUGCCAGGCGUGCCCUAUGUAGUCGUGUUGGUCAUCUGUGCCUCCAUGUCCAUCUCUGUCUUUGCACUUGACUGUAAAUCAUACAGGGAUUCAUACAAUCUCUACUACAAGUCUAAAGAAUGCAAAUGGGGAUCAUUUUGCUGUGGUACCUGUACAAGCAGAGAUUGCUGUUUUGAUUUAAAUCGAAAACUCACUGAACGCGCUCAAGAAAGAUGUGAUGAAAAUUUGGCAAGUUGGGGAAAUAUGGAUAGUGAUGACAAAUUCCAUAAGGAGUUCAGGGAUUCCUCAUAUGUGGUCAUGAUUACUGGUAUCGUGGGCUCCAUCCUUUUUCUUCUUCUCCUCGUCUGCUGCUGCAUCUGUCCCUGCUGCUGUAUUUACAAGAUGUGCCGAAGGCCGCAGCCUGUGGUUGCUACUACCACCCAUACCACAGUGGUGACCUCUGCUCCUCAGCAGUACCCCCAGCAGCCAAUGUCAGUGCCUGGACAGCCCCAGCCCUACCAGGCGACCCAGUAUCCAUCCUACCAGCCCAUGCCAGUUCAGCCUGGCUAUGGAACACAACCCAUGGCUACCUCGCCCUAUAAAGGACAGGCGUUCACCCCAGGACCACCACCACCUUAUCAAGAAGCCAUCGGUCCAGCCUACCCUCCCAGCCAGCCCAUGCCUUACAGCCAGGCUGCGUACAACCCCGGACAGCCAGCGUAUCCUCUACAUCCUCCCACCUACCCACAGCCAAACGCUCCAUCCUCUCACGCGGACUUCCUGGCACAGCCUGCAUACAACCCAGAUUAUGUUGCACCACCCACAACCGGGUAAAAGUACUUCGUACCAUAAAUAAACUACAACGUUCCUGACAUUGGCAGAACAUGAAGAGAAAGUGUUCAUUCCUUUAGUUGGAUGGUAAACGUGACAAUGUAAUAUAAUGUUGAGCAUCUGUUGUGUUCAGUUGUCUCGAAGUACAACGUGUUGAUGCCCUUUGACUUGUUUUGCAUAGACAUUCAGCAUGCAUUCCUACAUAUGUGUAAACGUCUGAUUUCAGUUUGUUUGUGGCUCCUUACACAUCUUGGGGGAAUAAAACAUGAAGCCCUGUCUGACUUGAGUUUUUAAAGUGCGUAGAAAUCUUUCAGCUUUAUGAAGAUGCCUCAAAACUUCCCGUUUGCCUUUUAAGUCCAGCUGAACCUACUGGACUCCAUUCACCUUCAGAAUUUGACUAAGGUGCUUUCAUGUCUAUGCUCAACACCUCAAAUAUCUGCCAGGUUCCUGCAGAAGUUCUUUAAACUUUUUCUGUCUUGUCAUACUCUUGUUUUUAUAAUGUUUUAAAAAAGUGUGUAUUAGUUUUUAGUACACUGCUGAAAUACUUUUUUUUCUAAGCAUUCUUUAUUAAAGGGAACACUGACUUUGUCAUCA